UCGUCACAAGACACAACAUAAGAGACACAAGGCGAGCGUGGAACGACUGCCACAGGUCCUUACAGUUUCCGUUGUUCCAAGACGGUGAUUUAGGAGCCUCAGUGUGAGCCUAGUGUGAGGCGGCGCCUGACCCUCACUCUAGCUGUGCUGCCAGGCAUUGGAGCAAGCAUUAAAAUAAAAGGUGUACUGCAGUCACUGGACUCUGGACUCUUGGAGCAGUCUAGGACACACAUCAGCAUCUCUUCAUUCACUCAGUCUGAGAAAGUGUCAGUUUCUGUCAGUCUGUGGGUCAUGUCGUGCCUUGAUUGUCCGUGUGCGUGUUCCCGCAUAGCCAAUCUGGCCGUCUCCCCUGAUGUGCGCGUAGAUGUGCGCCUAGGUCAUACUGACACUGCAUACCAGCCCCUCUUGCAUCCUCUACUACAGUAUUCCCUUUUUUGUGACUGUCUUUCUACUGAGGACAGUGGGCCUUGUAUUUUUUUUUCCAGUUACCAAUUCACCUCUCAAGUUCUAAGAUUGCUUUACAUCCCUGUCACGAAAUGGAGCCGCAUAAAGUCGGAGAGCUUUGCAUUGGAAUUACGGUCUCCCAGCAUGGUGUCCUUUGAGGCAUCAACUGAGAACUACGAUGUGUGGAGCCCUCUUGGGUCUGUGUGCGGUGGUAAGGGCACAGUGUGGGUUGCCAGACACAAGCCAUCAAACAACCAUGUUGCUCUUAAGAUCUAUGAGUUGGAUAAAUGUGAAGAUGAGUUUGAGUUAAUCCAACAUGAGAUUCUGAUGGUGAAGCAGCUCAGACAUAGAAAUAUCAUCCAGUAUAUGGCUUCCUUUAUAUAUUCACAACAACUAUGGAUAGUAAUGCCGUUAUUAGGUUACACUUCGGCCUCACGUCUUGUCGCCACACACUUCUCAGACGGCCUACCUGAGCCUGCUCUUGCACUUGUUAUAAAGGAUGUCUUGCAUGGUCUUUCCUAUCUUCAUUCCAAACGCAUCAUUCACAGGGCAGUGAGAGGGAGUCAUAUUUUAAUAGAUAGUAUAGGCCGUGUUGCCUUGAGUGGUUUGCGACACAGCACCUGCAUUAUGGACAGCACCAGAUUGCAGAAAUCCGUCCAUUGUUAUCCUCACCAAGCUCGCUAUAAUCUUAACUGGGCCAGCCCUGAAUUGCUUGCACAGGAUCUAUAUGGUUACAGUGAGAAGAGUGAUGUUUACAGUGUGGGCAUUGUUGUUUGUGAACUAGGCAAUGGAGAAGUACCAUACAGAGGAAUACCUUCAACUCUUAUGCUGUUAGAGAAGCUGGAAGACCGAGUGCCCUAUCUUUAUGAUGCAUCCACCUGUCCUCAGAAUGCAGAAAAUGGGCAAGGUAUGGCGACGGAUUCAGGUGUCGGUGGUAGCGUUGGCGAUAACCUCACCAGUAUGGCUAUUUCCCAACGCCUCUUCACAGCUGCAGCCCACAACUUUGUUGCUCAAGCUUUAGAAUGCAUUCCAGAAAAUCGACCCUCUGCUGAAGACCUCCUACACCAUCAGUUUAUUAGACACACUCGCAAGCUCAAUGGGACGUUGCCACAGUUCCUCCAUCCCGUUGUACCAUUAACCCAGCAGACAGAGAUUGGGGACACUAUUCCUGACCUACUAGAAAAAAGUAUAGAACAAAUGUGUAUAAAUGAUGAAAUAGCAUGGGACUUUUAAUAUUAGUUGCAUAAUACUUCUAGUACAUUGGUUAUGUGAAUGGCAUUGUAUAAUUUAUGUAUAGUAUUUUAUGAAAUGCUAGUUGGCAAGGCUUUUUCAUAAUUUUUUAAUAUUGCAGGAAGUGGAUGUUCCUUGCAUAUCUCGGGGAUAAGUUGAUUUUAUACAAAAAUUGUGUAUAAAUACAGUAGCAACAGUCAUUAGGAGAUAAGAUUGAAAUUCGCGAUUAAUAAACCGAGACGGCUUUAUACAAAAGCAGUUUUAUAUAACUUUUGGGACUAUUAAAACAUUACUAGUGUUUUUCCUAUAAUUUGUUUCCCAGUGAAUGGUACAUUUAUUUCUGCAGUGGAUGGAAGAGAGGCAGGAGGCUUGAUACACUAGUCGGCUUUAGAGAGAGAAGCUUAAUAUGGGUGAUCUGGGGUUAUAGCAGCAGCAGCUUGCCAAAUUUAGAGGUUGUAGAAAGGUUAAACAAUGUAAAUGCUUUGUGAACAGAUUGCAUAGUAUAUUUGCUAUCUUUCCAAUUAAUUCUUUCAUGUUUGUGUAUUUUAUUUGUUAGUAGUAUAUUGUUCAAAUAAUUUUUAAGUAUGUUCAAAUCAUUUCAGGGAUAUCAAAGCAUGUUAUAUUUUUCUUUCAAAUUUAUUAUGCCUAACAGACAUACCAUGAACAUUUAUUUCCUGAAUACUGUACCAAGUUAAUGAAUAGGUUUAUAUUGGACAUGUUACCUAAUGAUGUUCACUCUGUAUUUUCACAUCAUUAGGGGUGGUACAAGCAAAGUAUUUUAAAUAAAUGAAUUUGUACCUGA